AUGUUUAGAGGAACAGUAGAUAGAGCAGGUACAAGAGAGGGAAAGAAGACAAGUCUGAGAAAGACUGGAAAGGAUAAGAAGGUUGCUUCAGCAGCGGUGGACAAUGCACCAAAGACUAGGGUUGACCCGGUGCCGACGCUGAUCGAGUCGACUCGUCCUCUGUCAACCUUUGACUGUGGUGCCAAUCUAGUAAACAGACAUCUAGAGGCCGAUCAAGCAAGAGUCAUACAACGUGCUAUACAGUCUGGUAUUGAUGGAGUGGCCAUCAUCACCAAUGACUUUGAGAAGAACGAGCAGUCACUCAACGUCUCUGAGCAAUACCCAGGUGUAAUCUACAGUGUCGCUGGUAUCCAUCCCAACAACAUCAGCUCCAAGAAGAUGUCUGACAAGUUGUUCCUACAACUCAUUGCUCAACUCAGAGGUUAUGCAAUCAAGCCACAUUGUAUCGGUAUCUAUGUAGGAUUGGACUAUGAACGUGACUAUGGACUGAAGUUCCCUCAAGAGAAGUUCAUGAAGGCUCAGAUCAAGUUGGCAAAGGAGCUUGGAUUGCCAGUGGUCAUGCAGGACUUUGGAGGCGGCGAGGGUCUGCUCGAGGUGAUGAAGGAGUGUCGCACUGACAUUGAAAGAGGAAUGAUAUACGUGUUCAACUCGGGCUCGGCAAUGCUACAGCGUUUCAUCGAUCAGGAUUUCUACAUCAGUUUCAAUGGACUCUUGUGCGAGACGUCGGACAAGGGCGACCAGAUGCGCGACUUUAUCACACAGGUGCCAAAGGAUAGACUGCUGUUGGUGACCGACUCGCCCAACGUCACGCCACAGACCAUCCCCGAUCAACACAUCAGAUCAAUGCCCAACGAACCAUCAAACCUCAUCUAUAUCGUGAACAAGGCGGCCGAGUGUCUGCAGAUGACGCCCGAGGCCGUCGCAAAGCUCGUCAAGGACAAUGCCAAGAAGUUCUAUUCACUCAGCGGAGUGGCAGAAGCAACCACCGAUCAAGCAGACGAUGGAUCAUCAUCGACAAAGACACCUCCCAUCGUCGCAGCCGAGACAACAACUACAACAUCAACCACAGCAACAGACUCAAAGAAGAGCAAGUCAAAGAAGAAACAGCUGCAACAGAUGGAUGAGGAUGAGGACGACGAGGACAAUGAGAGCGACAACGAAGACAAUGACGAGAGCAGCAGCGAGGACGAUAUCGAUGUGUUUGAGCGACUGGACAAGGCAGAGCUCGAGAACCUGUACUACUCGUGCAAGAAGUGUCGAACCAAGCUGUUCAAGCAUGGCGACAUUGUGGAGCACGAGCAAAAGGCUGCCGUCCUCGAUCAUACUAUCGCCAAGCCAGCGACCGACAAAGGUCCAAAGAAGUGCAAAUCAUACUUCUUUGCUCCAACGGCCGCAUCGAGUUGGCUGAAGCCACGCUCUGACAAGCAGCUGGUGUGUCCAAAGUGUGAAGUCAAGCUGGGAUCAUUCAACAAUCUUGCCGGCGAGCAAUGCUCCUGUGGCGUGGUGUUGCACGAGCUCUGCCGUAUUCCAAAGAGUCGCGUGGAGGUGGUGCUGCUGGGCGAGGAUGGAGAGCUGGUCGAUCUGGCGCUGUUGUUGCACCUGGACGAUGACGACAGUGAUGAUCAAGAGUCGAGGAAGCAGAAGAAGAAGCGACUGGUCAAGAAGAUGGCCAAGAAGAGCAACAAGAGUAACUUUAGCAACUACAGAAACAAGGAUGCUGGUGUGUCCGUUAAGAAGACCAAGCAGAUACAACAACAGUUGGUUAGCUCUUUGGCAAUUGAGUCAGACGAGGACUAA